AGCUCCAAUUCCUAUUAAAGUUUCAGAAUUAUUGUGGCAAUGCAAGAUUGGCUACUAACAUAGUAACAUGUGAAAAAACUUUAAUAAAGUUGUGUACUUAGUGCGAAGAGAAAAACCACAUCAUGGAAAAAACUGAAAGAAAAAAGAAAGUGUAUGUAGAUGGAAAAAAAAUUGACAUGUUAUAUUAUUUUGUUGGGUAGAGCAGCCAUAGAAGAUUGUGUCCUUUAUGGGGGAAAUUUUUUAGUGAAAGACAAAGAAAGAUCUUUGAAGCAUUUCAUCUGGAGGUAAGGAAAAAGUUGAUAAACUGUCAAUGAAGCUUCAAGCAUAAAGGGACCACAUCAACUUUACUAGUUACUACUACCCAUUAUAAACUCCUCAAUAUAUACUACAAUCCUUACACUAAGUUGUCUAAGGCCUAAAAACAACAAUGAACUAAUUACUCUCCUUUUCUUAACCUUCUUUCAUCUUCAUACUCAGCUUAAUUCUACCUAUUUCCUUAGCUUCCUCAUCCAUAGUUCUUAGCUUGUUUGUUCUCAUGGCAACGACAAUAUUCUCACCCUACCGCGCCAACGAUACCGGCCUAAACUAUCCUAGAGAUGCAUCAUUCUCUUCAUACCUUGAUACAACUGAGAGAGACUUUGUUAAAAGCCUAGCUGAAUCUAUCAAUAGUCCGUCUUCGAUUCGAGAAAUUUCCACCCCGCGAAGAAGCAUGGGGAGGAACAUUUCUCGAGUUCAAAGAAGUGGUGGAUCAGAUGUUUUUGGGGCUGAGAGAUACUUUAAUGAGAAGAUUGAUGAUAAAAAGGGUAGUAGUAAUCUUGUUUCAAGUAAGGAUGGAGUUAGUGGAAACAACAAACAUAGGUGUAGAAGAGAGAAAAGAGAUGAUUUAUUUGAAAGGAAAUCAUCAACUAGUAAAAUUAGUACUAGUAGUAGUUUUAAGUCACCAACUCCUAGUCUUAAAUCAGAAGGAAGUUUCAAUAAUAGCCAAAUAGGGUUUUUACUACAAAAGAAAGGAAGUGUUGGGCAUAAAAUCUUCUCUGGUUUUCAAUGUAAAGGUUCUUGUUUUAACAAGAAAUCUGUUUAUACUACCAACACACACCAAACAAUACAAUCUUCUCCAAAAUCAUACCAAGGGAAUAAUAAUGUGAAUAAUAAUGGAUAUAGGAAAAGUAGGCUUCCACAUCAUCAAGAACAUUUUGCAUUUCCUAUCAUAGAUACCGCCUCUUUUCACCUAGAUCAUCCUAGGAAAUCAAUGGAGGUUUUUGGCCUUCAUUCACUAGGAAAGCAAGAAAUAAUUUCACAUAAUAACCUCGAAAAGAAGCUUUCGAUCCUAGCAUGGGACGCGAUCCCAAACACUCCAAGCUCACCAUUCACAAUCUCAUUGAAAAAGAAAAGUAGUACUACUAGUAGUCCUACUAUUAUUGUAAGGACUGAUCAAGAUGAAGAUGUAUGUAGCGUUGCAAGCUCCGAUCUUUUCGAGAUCGAAAAUCUUUCAGGAGCUCCUUGUAGUCAAGCAUCAACUCCUUACUAUGCACCAAGCGAGGCUAGCAUCGAGUGGAGUGUGGUAACAGCAAGUGCAGCUGAUAAUUUUUCUGCCUUUUCUGAUUAUGAUGAUGAGAAAAUUGCCAUACCUCGACAACGAAGUAAGAACAUAACCAUGGAAAACAAAAAAGUGCAAAGAAGCUCUAAUUCUGGUGGGAUGUUCUUAGGUUGUACGAGUCACAAAGCUGUGGAUGUUGUACAGAAUUAUAACCUACCAUAAAAGAUAGAUCAUGCAAUUUUAUUGUUUUAUGCUUAUUUCAUAAAAAUGGGUACAUUUGUACUACGUUUUUGGGUGUGUAUGGCAUAUUGGCAAUGUUAUGAUUUAGUUUAAUAUCUUUUUUAGUGUAUGAUAAGAUAAUAUUUUUGUUAAUAUUGAACUAUGGCCAUGAAAUCAUGUAUUAGUCCUACCAAAGUAAUCGAAGUAUGAUGUAUAAUUAUACAUUUCUAAUAUCUCUAUGACAAUCAUGAACAUGAGCUUUAUUCUU